AUAGAUGAGAUGAGAUAGAGAAGAGAGAUAGAGAGAGAGGCAGGCUGGUAGAACGGGUCACCUCACCACCUUCGCCUCCGCCUCCUCCUUCGCCUCCGUCUCCACCUCUCCUCUCCUCUUCCUCUUCUUCCUCCUCCUGGGGCCUAGCCGCCUAGGGGGGUUGUGGCCUGCGACUGCGACUUCUUCCUCUGCCUUCUGCUCUCUGCCUCUGAGUAUAUGGAAUAUGGUGUGUGCGUGAAGAGAAAUUAAGUGAGGGAGGGGAAAGCGAGCGAACAGGGCAACAAUGGGGCAAAUGGACGGCGGCGACGGCGGCGGCGGCGGCCACCCCUACCACUACCAGGCUCUCCUGGCCGCCGUCCACCAGCAGACCGUCCCCUUUCCCAAUCCCUUCCCCGCCCCCUCCUCCGGAGCCGAGCCCCCCCACCCGCACAACCACAACCACAACCACAAUCACAACCACAAUAUUCACAAUUCUCACAAUCACAACCACAAUCACAAUGCUGCUCCUCACCCUUGUCACACUCCCACUCCCACUCCCACUCCCAGAGGUUUCGCCGACUGGAGCGCCUCCACCAGCGCCUUCACCUCCCUUGCCGCGCACUCUUCUACUGCCCCCAGCAAUGCCGUUCACUACAGCUUCUCCCCCUGCUAUGCCUUCUGGACACAUUACAUGCUCAACAAGAACGCCUACCCCACCUCCUUCCCUGCGCCACACGACGACCACCUGCGCCUUGCCAACAACAAUCAUCCUAGAGACGCACCAGGUCCUGCAUCCAGCUACGGGGUCGAGUCUUUUACUUCACCGUCCAUGGCACCGAAUAUUUGCACCCACAUGCCUCCCAUAGAAGGACCCAUAUCUGCCAAGGAAGAUAAGAAACCAGAGAUUUUGCCUAGAGUGGUUAAGAGCAGUGAUGAAUUGGAAACCAGAAACAGCAAUGUUGAAUUUCACUCUGAGACAGUUGGUACUCUCCCUGAGUCGAAGCAAGGCCAUGACAGUCGUGCUACUAAACUACUCAACUCGGGAGAAUACCAAGUCAUUCUGCGCAAGGAGCUGACAAAGAGUGAUGUUGGAAAUGUUGGAAGAAUUGUGCUACCCAAGAAGGAUGCAGAGGCUAGUCUUCCACCUUUGUUGCAAAGGGAUCCUUUGAUACUGCACAUGGACGACAUGGUGCUCCCAGUGACAUGGAAGUUUAAGUACAGGUACUGGCCAAAUAACAAAAGCAGAAUGUACAUUCUGGAUUCUGCAGGUGAAUUUCUGAAGACACAUGGUCUUCAGGCUGGGGAUGUCAUCAUUAUCUACAAAAACUUGGCUCCUGGCAAAUUUAUUAUCCGAGGAGAGAAGGCCAUUCAUCAGCAGACAACAAAUCCCUAGAUGCAUUUGGGGUUAAUUGCAACAGUGUUAGUUGAUGCAUUUGAAGGGAAGGACGUGGACUUACCAUAAGUUGGCAAUCCAGGAGAAGUUGAAAGUGUCAUCGAUUUUUAUAUCACUGGUGGCCACCAUCACAUGGACAAAGAUUAAAGCGCAUGCAGCUUGGACCUGUUUAACUCUGAAUGAAUGAGGACGAAAAAAAGACAAGAUUGGUAGAGUAUUGGAAGUGUUGGCAAUGGGCUUCUACAGCUUAUCUUGGGUUGAGAAAAGCACUUGUCAGUUUAUUUAAUUCAGUUAUGUUGGGGAGCUUGACUUGUAGUUUUCAGAACAAUAUAUUUGCAGCUUCUGUAAAUAUUUUUGGAUCUAUAAGAUAAAAGAGAGUGGUGUGUGAUUUUGCUUUUGAUGUCAUCCA